AUGAGUAAAGCUUUGGACAGGAAUUAUUGGGAUGUGUCACGGAGAGGCUACAAGGAAGACAAUAAGACGUCUCGUUUCUGCGAGACACACCCUUUCAUAGUAAACUCCCACGGAAUAUGGGAAGUGAUUAGUUACGACCCAACAGGGAUGAGCUUCUGGGAGUAUCCCCUCCCGAAUCUUGAGAUCCUAAUAUUUUCUACCUUCCUUAUUUGGCGGCUCCUCGACUUCUCAUGCAACAAAAUCGGUCUUUGAUUUCCAAGAUUGGCCUACAUGAUGAUCGCAGGGGUAAUCUUAGGUCAAACUUGUCACUUAAGCAACAAGUCUUGGCUCCAUAACAUUUUUUUCCCUGAUGAUAAACGACCUAAAGUCGCCGAGACCCUAGGGGCUUUCGGGUUCCUUUUAUAUUGGUUCCUCAAAGGUGUGACCAUGGAUGCCGGGAUGCCAUUUAGGAUGGGGAAAAAAUCAGGUGUGCUCGGGUUAACCACAAUGAUUGUACCCGUGAUUUGUGGCACCUUCGUCUUUAGAUGGAGAGAACGAAGAGGGUUCGCAAGCUUGUUAAGGACGGAAUACAGGUUGAUCAUAUUCUUGCAAAGCAUAUCCGCAUUUACGAGCGUCGACACACUCCUAAAAGACCUCAAGAUCAAACACUCAGAGUUUGGGAGGAUAGCGCUCUCUGGGGCUAUGGUGACGGACAUGUUGGCUUUUGUUCUAACAUUUUUUAAUGCAAUCUACUAUGAAGGAUACCGUGGCGUCAUGCAAACCAUAGGUUUCUGCACCUUUGUGGCGCUUAUGAUUUAUGUUGUGAGGCCGUCUAUGUAUUGGGUGAUCAAGCAGACUCCAGAAGGGAGGCCGGUCAAGGAUGUCUACAUAUACUGGAUUUUGGCGCUUGCUUUUGCCUCGUUCCAUUAUUUUAUCAAGCUUCUUCAUCUUUUUGGACCCGCGGGAUCGUUUGUUUUAGGCUUGACUGUUCCGAAUGGCGAUCCUCUAGGUACUACUUUGGUUCAAAAGUUUGAGAGCUUUAAUCUUGGAGCUAUCUUGCCACUCUUUGGAUCACUGACCACGAUGCAAUUAGAUCUCUUAUCGUUGCUAAAAGAGUGUAGAAGUUUCGUACGUAUGGAGGGUCAAGUUUAUGAGGUCAUUUCCUUUAUUCUUUUGGUGAAUUCCACAAAAUUCAUUGCUUCCACCAUAGCUGCGUAUUCUUUCAAAAUGCCCUUAAGAGACUCUUUUGCUUUAGCCUUUGUUUUUAAUAAUAAGGGGAUCUUCGAGCUCGCCUAUUACACGUUCGCAGUUGAAAUAAAGCAAAUAAGGCCAGAGGUUUUCACAAUCCUAGCUACCUUCACCCUCUUCAACUCUAUAUUUAUACCAAUGGCCUUGGAGCUCGUGCAUGACCGAACCAAAAGAUUCAAAUGCUACCGAAAAAGGAAUUUGAUCAUCUUGAAAGAAGGCGCGGAGCUCCCAUGUCUUAUAUGCGUCUCCAAACCUGAUCACAUAACUUCGAUGACCAACCUUUUGGAAGGUUUCAACCCAUCAAAAGAUUCUCCAAUGGCGUGUAACAUACUUCACCUCAUUGAACUUUUGGGUCAAGCCAAUCCCAUGUUCAUUUCCCACCAGUUGCAACAACCAGAGCCCGGGAGUACGUCUUGUUCGGACAAUGUCAUAAACUCCUUCCGUCGCUUCCAGAAAAAUUUCUUUGACUAUACAUCACUGGAUAUUUUCACUUCCGUCUCCAUGUCUCAACACAUGCAUGAGGACAUUUGUUGGCUAGCCCUAUCCAGAAGCCUAUCGCUAAUUGUGCUUCCUUUCCAUCGAACCUGGUCUUCUGAUCGAUCCACUAUUAUUUCCAACGAUGAUAAGCUGAGAAUUCUCAACAUUAACGUCCUGAAACGAGCCCCAUGCUCUGUUGGAAUCUUCAUCUAUCGCAAGCCCAUCGUCGAAGCUCAUCUGGCUAAGUACCAGAGCAAGAUAUGUUUGAUUUUUAACGGUGGAAACGACGAUAUAGAAGCUUUGGCGAUAGCAAAUCGAAUGAGACUGACAGAAAAGGGAACAAGCCUAACGAUCAUAAGAUUCAUUCCAAAAUUUGCUGAAUCGGAUAACCAGGAGUGGGAGCAGCACCAAAUGGUUAAUCUUAAGGAGAACGUGAGUAACAUUAUUGGGUCCAACGUUAAAAAAAAUGAUGACAAGGUGAAAUACAUCGAUAAGGCGGUUUCUGAUGGAUCUGAGACUUCAAAAACCUUACGAGCAAUGGCAAAUGAUUAUGACUUGUUUAUCGUUGGAAGAAGCAGUGGAAUAGGUACUGAGCCUACUAGCGGAAUUAGUGAAUGGACAGAGUUCGAUGAAUUGGGACCCAUUGGAGAUUUAUUAGCAUCACAUGAAUAUCCUUCGAGAGCAUCAGUGUUGGUUGUACAAAAACAAGAGUACAUUCAUCAUACAAAAAGCCAAAAAAGGCGAUCUAAGAAGUAA